UUGGAAUUACAGGCAUGAGCCACUACGCCUGGCCAAAUAUAACCUAAUUCUUAAUCUGUUCUCCUAUCCAUUUUGAUUUUAGAAAAUAACUUAAGUGACAUAAAUUUUAAAUAUUUGUCUUUUUACUUUUAGUGAUCAGCUUUUGAGCCUUUCCCACAUUGAAGAUGGUGAAGCUAGAUAUUCAUACUCUGGCUCAUCACCUCAAGCAGGAGCGCUUAUAUGUAAACUCAGAGAAACAGCUCAUUCAGAGGCUCAAUGCAGAUGUACUUAAGACAGCUGAAAAGUUGUAUCGUACAGCUUGGAUUGCGAAGCAACAGAGAAUCAAUUUGGAUCGGCUUAUCAUAACCAGUGCUGAAGCUUCCCCUGCUGAAUGUUGCCAACAUGCCAAGAUUUUGGAAGAUACACAAUUUGUUGAUGGGUAUAAACAAUUGGGAUUUCAGGAGACUGCUUAUGGAGAAUUCUUGAGUCGAUUGAGAGAAAAUCCUCGUCUUAUUGCCUCCUCUUUGGUUGCUGGAGAGAAACUUAAUCAGGAGAAUACACAAAGUGUUAUUUACACAGUUUUUACCUCCCUGUACGGCAAUUGCAUCAUGCAAGAAGAUGAAAGCUACCUCCUUCAGGUUUUGCGAUACUUGAUUGAAUUUGAACUUAAAGAAAGUGACAACCCUAGGCGACUUUUGAGGAGAGGAACUUGUGCCUUCAGCAUCUUAUUUAAACUUUUUUCUGAAGGACUGUUUUCUGCCAAACUUUUCCUCACAGCCACUUUACAUGAGCCAAUUAUGCAACUGCUUGUUGAAGAUGAAGAUCACCUGGAAACAGAUCCAAAUAAGCUAAUUGAGAGGUUCUCCCCAUCUCAGCAGGAAAAACUCUUUGGAGAGAAGGGCUCAGAUAGAUUCAGGCAAAAAGUUCAAGAAAUGGUGGAGUCCAAUGAAGCCAAACUAGUGGCUUUGGUGAACAAAUUUAUUGGUUAUCUCAAACAGAACACAUAUUGUUUUCCACAUAGUUUAAGGUGGAUCGUAUCUCAGAUGUACAAAACCCUUUCCUGUGUAGAUAGGUUGGAAGUUGGGGAGGUCAGGGCAAUGUGUACUGAUCUCCUACUGGCCUGCUUCAUUUGUCCUGCAGUUGUCAAUCCAGAACAGUAUGGAAUAAUUUCCGAUGCUCCUAUUAAUGAGGUGGCACGAUUUAAUCUGAUGCAGGUGGGCCGCCUUUUGCAGCAGUUAGCAAUGACUGGCUCUGAAGAGGGAGAUCCCCGAACAAAGAGCAGCCUUGGAAAAUUUGACAAAAGCUGUGUUGCUGCUUUCCUUGAUGUUGUGAUUGGGGGCCGUGCUGUGGAGACCCCUCCAUUGUCUUCUGUUAAUCUUCUGGAAGGAUUGAGCAGAACUGUGGUUUAUAUAACCUACAGUCAGCUUAUUACUCUGGUGAAUUUUAUGAAGAGUGUGAUGUCUGGAGAUCAACUGAGAGAAGAUAGAAUGGCUCUUGACAAUUUAUUGGCAAACCUACCCCCGGCCAAACCAGGAAAAAGCAGCAGUUUAGAAAUGACUCCAUACAAUACACCUCAACUGUCUCCAGCAACCACUCCAGCAAAUAAAAAGAAUCGAUUACCUAUAGGACAACAGUUAGCAGCCAUCACUGCUUGGGAUUCCUCAGCUACCAAUAUUACUGCUCAUAUUACACUAGUAACCCCGUUUGCAACUCGGAGCAGAAGCCGCACCAAUAUGCUAAUGGACCUACAUAUGGACCAUGAAGGAUCAUCUCAAGAAACCAUCCAGGAGGUGCAACCAGAAGAGGUGUUGGUCAUUUCCUUAGGGACAGGUCCUCAGCUUACUCCAGGGAUGAUGUCAGAAAACGAGGUCCUAAACAUGCAGCUUUCAGAUGGAGGACAAGGAGAUGUCCCUGUUGAUGAAAACAAACUCCAUGGUAAACCUGAUAAAACCUUGCGCUUUUCCCUCUGCAGUGAUAAUCUGGAAGGAAUAUCUGAAGGUCCUUCAAAUCGCUCCAAUUCAGUGUCCUCCCUAGACCUAGAAGGAGAGUCUGUGUCAGAACUUGGAGCAGGACCUUCUGGGAGUAAUGGAGUUGAAGCUCUGCAACUGUUAGAACAUGAGCAAGCUACAACACAAGAUAACCUUGAUGAUAAACUAAGGAAGUUUGAGAUUCGUGACAUGAUGGGAUUAACAGAUGAUAGGGACAUAUCAGAAACAGUGAGUGAGACCUGGAGUACAGACGUCUUGGGGAGUGACUUUGACCCUAAUAUUGAUGAAGAUCGCUUGCAAGAAAUUGCAGGUGCAGCAGCAGAGAACAUGUUAGGCAGUUUGCUGUGCCUGCCAGGUUCAGGGUCAGUGCUUCUUGACCCCUGCACUGGUUCUACCAUAUCAGAGACAACAAGUGAAGCUUGGAGUGUGGAGGUAUUGCCAAGUGACUCCGAGGCUCCAGACCUAAAGCAGGAGGAGCGUCUACAAGAACUGGAGAGCUGUUCUGGACUGGGUAGCACAUCUGAUGAUACGGAUGUCAGGGAGGUCAGUUCCCGCCCCAGCACACCAGGCCUCAGUGUUGUGUCCGGCAUAAGCGCAACCUCUGAGGAUAUUCCCAAUAAGAUUGAAGACCUGAGAUCUGAGUGCAGCUCUGAUUUUGGGGGUAAAGAUUCUGUUACUAGUCCAGACAUGGAUGAAAUAACUCACGAUUUUCUUUAUAUACUUCAGCCACAACAACAUUUUCAACACAUUGAAGCAGAAGCAGACAUGAGAAUCCAGCUGUGUUCUAGUGCCCACCAGCUGACCUCUCCUCCUUCUCAGUCAGAGUCUCUGCUGGCCAUGUUUGAUCCACUGUCUUCACAUGAAGGGGCUUCCGCUGUGGUAAGGCCAAAGGUUCACUAUGCUAGGCCUUCGCAUCCACCACCAGAUCCCCCAAUCCUGGAAGGAGCUGUGGGAGGAAAUGAGGCCAGGUUGCCAAACUUUGGUUCCCAUGUUUUAACUCCAGCUGAAAUGGAGGCAUUCAAGCAAAGGCAUUCUUACCCUGAGAGACUAGUUCGAAGCAGGAGCUCUGAUAUUGUAUCUUCUGUCCGGAGACCCAUGAGUGACCCCAGCUGGAACCGGCGUCCAGGAAAUGAAGAGCGGGAACUCCCUCCAGCUGCAGCCAUUGGUGCUACUUCUUUGGUGGCUGCACCUCACUCGUCAUGUUCAUCCCCGAGUAAGGACUCCUCAAGAGGAGAGACUGAAGAACGCAAAGAUAGCGAUGAUGAGAAAUCAGACAGGAACAGACCUUGGUGGAGAAAACGUUUUGUUUCAGCCAUGCCUAAAGCUCCUAUACCAUUUAGAAAGAAAGAAAAACAAGAAAAAGACAAAGAUGAUCUGGGGCCUGACAGAUUCUCAACACUCACAGAUGAUCCUAGCCCUAGACUCAGUGCACAAGCUCAGGUCGCUGAGGAUAUUCUGGACAAAUACAGGAAUGCCAUUAAACGGACCAGCCCCAGUGAUGGAGCAAUGGCAAACUAUGAAAGUACAGAGGUUAUGGGUGAUGGUGAAAGUGCACAUGAUUCUCCCCGUGACGAAGCGCUACAGAACAUCUCAGCUGAUGAUCUUCCAGACUCUGCAAGCCAAGCAGCCCACCCGCAGGAUUCAGCUUUCUCUUAUAGAGAUGCGAAAAAGAAACUGAGGCUUGCUCUUUGCUCUGCGGACUCUGUUGCCUUCCCAGUGCUGACCCAUACAACAAGGAAUGGUUUACCAGACCACACAGACCCAGAAGACAAUGAAAUUGUAUGCUUUUUAAAAGUUCAAAUAGCCGAAGCAAUUAAUUUACAAGAUAAGAACUUAAUGGCUCAACUUCAGGAAACAAUGCGCUGUGUGUGCCGUUUUGAUAAUAGGACUUGUAGGAAACUGCUGGCUUCGAUUGCUGAGGACUACAGGAAACGAGCCCCGUAUAUUGCUUAUCUCACUCGUUGUCGGCAAGGACUACAGACCACACAGGCUCACCUGGAAAGACUGUUGCAAAGGGUUCUGCGGGAUAAAGAAGUGGCCAAUCGAUACUUUACCACUGUCUGUGUGAGAUUACUGCUUGAGAGCAAAGAAAAGAAGAUCAGGGAAUUCAUUCAAGACUUUCAGAAACUCACAGCAGCUGAUGAUAAAACUGCUCAGGUGGAAGAUUUUUUGCAGUUUCUUUAUGGUGCAAUGGCCCAGGAUGUCAUAUGGCAAAACGCGAGUGAAGAACAGCUUCAAGAUGCACAGCUGGCCAUUGAGCGAAGUGUGAUGAACCGGAUUUUCAAACUUGCUUUCUACCCUAAUCAGGAUGGGGACAUACUUCGUGACCAGGUUCUUCAUGAACAUAUCCAGAGAUUGUCUAAAGUAGUGACUGCAAAUCACAGAGCUCUUCAGAUACCAGAGGUUUAUCUUCGAGAAGCACCGUGGCCAUCUGCACAAUCGGAAAUCAGGACAAUAAGUGCUUAUAAAACCCCUCGGGACAAAGUACAGUGCAUCCUGAGAAUGUGCUCUACAAUUAUGAACCUCCUGAGCCUGGCCAAUGAGGACUCUGUCCCUGGAGCGGAUGACUUUGUUCCUGUGUUGGUGUUUGUGUUGAUAAAGGCAAAUCCACCCUGUUUGCUGUCCACUGUGCAGUAUAUCAGUAGCUUUUAUGCUAGCUGUCUGUCUGGAGAGGAGUCCUAUUGGUGGAUGCAGUUCACAGCAGCAGUAGAAUUCAUUAAAACCAUCGAUGACCGAAAGUGACCAAGACCAGGGCUCACCAAGGCAGCAGACUGUUAGUCAGACAAACAGAUCUCUAAGAAAGCGCAUCAGCUGCUUUGAAGGGUGAAGAUUGUUUUGUAUAAUAUUGUACAUCAUCAGGCAUUUUAAAGCAGAUCUUUACUAAACAGGUUAAUGAGCUAACAAGCAGGUUCUCUCGUCUUUGGGCUCUUUCCUUUCUGAGUUGCAUAUUCUAUUUUCUUGUCCCCAAGUAGAGACUAGUACUACAAAAAGGGACCACGUUUUUCAGGUAAUUUCUAAAUAUUAAAAAACAGAAAAAAAAAUCUUAGAAAAUUUCUAGACCCCCAUUCUAGAUCCCCUUUCUUUCCUUUUAUUUUAAAAAAGAACAGUACUCCUCUUUUAAGAUGCUAUCUUAUUAAUAUGCAUCUAAUGGAAAGAAGACAUGAGUUGCACUGAGGAUUAUAAUAGUGGUGCAUUAGUGGCAUUACCUAUAAAUACACUCACCUAAAUUGAAAAGCUAAGAAGGAAAUGUAAAUAUAAUAUAUAUUUAUAUUUGAUGUAAUAUGGACAUCUGCAGAUUCUAAUAAACAAGGACUAUUGCUGAUAGUAGGCCGUGACAUACUGUCUUGUGAAAUGGUUUCCUUGACAAAAUUUAAGCUGAGCUUAAAAGCAAAAAACAAGAAGUACACAGAAAUAUUUAUUAAAGUGUAAUACAGUUUAUCGAACUUUCUAGGUAUGGAGUUUGACGCACAGGGCUGCCUUUAAUGAGUGUGAAAGUCACUAAGUCACGCAGACAUCUCACCUUGGAAGUUUGUGAGCCUGCAUGUAGGGGAUAGACUGAUUACCGUACAUGGUAAAAAGGAACAGUGGAUAGCUAAUACUUAUGGUGGUUCUUCUCCUCUGAAAUAAUAUACUGCAGAAAUCCCAGACAGAGCUCCUUACAACCUUUAAUUGUAAUAUAUUUUUGAUGAUUAUUCACAUUGAAUGCACAGACCAGGAAUUCAGUGAAUGUCAUUUUUUUAAAAAACUAAUUUGUAUUGUCUGCUCUAGUGAUACAAGUUUUACUAGUUAUAAACUAUUUUAAUCAACCAUUCUAUUCUUAUGGAAAAAAAUCUAUUUUGGCAGGUUUCUGUGCCUUUAUUUCCCUCUUCUGAAAAAAAGUCUGUGUUUUCAUAGUUUGAUUUGCAUUGUAUAUCAAUAAUUAAUCAGAAAUGGGUUUUGGUGCCUAAAAAAUUGGCCAAGGAGGCAUACCAAAGGUUCAAGCACAAGUCUUGUACAUGGACCAUCACUGUCUGGUUUCACUUUGUAUGUUUCCUAAACACAUUUAGCUGCUUUUAUAACAAACUCAGCCCCAUACUUGAGUCCCUUGUUGUUUGCAGCACUUCCAGGCAUCUUUUAAGGAAACUGUGACAAACAGCCUCAGGCAGAUGAAUUUGGAGGUUGUCUGCUGUCUGCCUCUGAGAUCUCCAUGUCUGGGGUUGCCUAAAGAAACUAGAUUUUCUUUUUUUUUUGAGACUGAGUCUCGCUCUGUUGCCCAGGCUGGAGUGCAGUGGUGCGAUCUCAGCUCACUGUAACCUCCACCUCCCGGAUUCAAGCAAUUCCCCUGCCUCAGUCUCCUGAGUAGCUGGGACUACAGGUGUGCACCACCAUGCCCAGCUAAUUUUUGUGUUUUUAGUAGAUAUGGGGAUUCACCGUGUUGGCCAGGAUGGUCUCAAUCUUCUGACCUCUCGUGAUCCACCCACCUGGGCCUCCCAAAUUGUGGGGAUUAUAGGUGUGAGCCACCGUGCCUGGCCAGAAACUAGAUUUUCUUCAUGCCUCCACCCCUUCUCAUUAAGUUACUUUAUAAUACCAAAAUAACAAAUUGCAUAGGAGUGUAGGAUGUGGUUUCUGCCUUCUAGGGAGAGAUCAGAAUUAAACUAGUACUAUGAAAUGUUCUUUUGAAUGUUAGGUCAAGAGAUCCUUGUAGUCAUGUACUUCAUGGGCCGUAACUGUCAAACUUGCCUAGUGUCACAAGUUAAAUCUCAUCAUAAAUACAUCAUGAAGGCCAGCUGUGUGGUUUAUUGAGACCUAGAUGGCAGUCCAUUUACUUUAGCAUUUGAUUCAGUAAAUGUUAAGCAGCAGCAGACUUUGAAUGGUUGAAAUUCAUUGUUAACAGGAUUUAACUCAUAAACCGAGAGGUUUUUUUUUCUCCGCAAUGGUUGCUAAGUCUAUUCCAUGUUAACACUGUGGAAAUAAAUAUGAAGAUGUGGACAUUG